AUGGAUAUACCCAUUACCCCAUUAAAUUUAAUUGAUCACAAUUUAAAAGAUAGUUGUAAUAAUAAUAAUAAUAAUAAUAAUAAUAAUAAUAAUAAUAAUAAUAAUAAUAGUAAUAAUAAUAAUAUUAAUAAUGAUAAUAAUAAUAAUGAUAAACUAUUUUUUUCAGUGUGGAGAAACCAAUAUUUAUUAAGUGAAAUACAAAGACAUCACAGGUUAUAUAUUGAAAAUGAAGUUGUUUUUAUUAACAAUUCAAUGAAUGAACUUAAAUAUUAUCCAUAUAGAAGAUAUUUAACAGAAAUUAUAAUUAGAGCUGAUGAAAAAUUUGAACCACAUGGUCAACUUAUACCUUAUGGUACAAAAGAAUUGGAUAUAGAUCUUUUAGGUAAAGAAAUUAAAGCAGGCGAUAUCCCAACAACAGUGACAAAUCUUAUAUUAGGUUAUACCCUACCGAUAGAUUUAAAAUCAAUUAUACCACCAAGUGUUACUUUUUUAGAAUAUUUAAAUUUUGAAUACCCACUUGGACCAAAUAUGCUACCACCAUCAAUAACCAGUUUAGCUCUACGUAUGGAUCAAGAAAUUAAUAUCGGUACUAUUUCAAACUCUAUUCAAAAAUUAAACCUACCUUUUUUCAAGCAAAUUAUUAUACCUGGUUCAUUUGGUUCAGUUGUAGAGUUAAGUCUAGAUUCUUAUACUCAUCCUUUAAAGCCUGGUGAUUUACCAAUAACAUGCCAACAAUUGAAUCUCGGUUUAUAUGAUCAUCAAUUUCAACCAAAUGUUCUUCCACCUCAAUUAAAAAAAUUAACUCUACAAAAUUAUAAUCAUCCAAUCCACUAUGGUAUUCUUCCAGAAUCAAUUACUGAACUUUAUUUGAACAAUUUUAAUCAAAAAUUAUCAAACUCACUAUUGUUAUUAAAAUCAUUAAAAACUCUAAGGAUGAAUUUAUUUAAUCAAGAUUUAUACGGGGAAUUACCGCAAUCUAUCGAAACUUUAGGCCUUACUCAUUUUAAUCAACCUUUAAAACCAAAUGUACUUCCACCAUUAAUAACCACACUCCUUUUUUACAAUUUUAAUCAUCAAAUAGAACCACAGGUAAUACCACCCAAUGUUCAAAAUUUAGAUUUAGGGGCAUAUAAUUGCAAUAUUUAUAAAGGUAUAUUCCCAAAUUCAUUAUUAGAUUUAUAUCUAGGAAGUUUCACAGGCGAAUUAUUUCAAGAUGAUUUACCAUCAUCAAUUACAGUGCUUCAUUUUGAUUAUAAUGGUCCAACUAAAUUAAAUGUUAAUUCAAUUCCAUCAAAAGUAAAAGUCUUGCGACUACCCCAUAAUUAUGCACAGCCUUUAGAAGUCGGUUUAAUUCCCAAUUCAGUAGAAGAAUUAAGCUUACCUCGUUUUUUUAAUGAACCUAUUCCAAAAGGUCUAUUACCAGAAUCACUCACAACAAUAUUCUUUGGUGAUUACUAUAACCAACCUUUAGAUCCAGACACAAUCCCAAAAUCCGUUACCAAGAUAGAUAUGCCCGAAACAUAUUCUUUUCCAAUACCAGCUUCUAUAAUUAAAAAUUUAAAAAAUUAA